AUGCCCGAAAUCGACGAGAGUGUCGCGCCGACAAAACAUCUCCUGCCAGUCGAGGUCGCAGCAGAGUCCGAAGACGAUGCCUAUGACGAUGUCGAAGACGACGCUCCAGAUGCUCCCAUCACUCCUGCUCAGCUUUCAGCGCCUCGGAAGAAGAGAAAGAGAAGCAAGAAGACGACGGCCAGCAGAGGCCCAACUGCGCUGCCCAAGAACCGCGGAAAUGGGUUUGAAGAAUACUUUGCAGACCCUCCCAUGACGCCCGCGGAGGCCAUGCAGGAGAAGCAGGAGAUUUAUGCUCCAGACAUCCCAUUCGAAAGGCGAAUCGAGUCGUGUAUCCAGCGUUACCGCUCCCGUCGUCGCAUCCAGGCUCGCAGAGCCACCUACUUGAAUGACUACCUCUUCCUCGGCGGCGUCGAUACCAACCCAAGCGCCUACACUGGCCUCGAUCAAAAGGACCUCAAGCAGCUUACGCCCGCCCAGCGUCGCGAGGCCACGGCCAGAGACGUCGUCUACAAUGGCUCUGGAGCCGGCGAUCGCUUCUACGACGGCGACAAGACCAAAUGGACAGUGGACUUUGCUGGCGUUGCAGCGGGCUUCUUCUCCACGAGGCUCAUCGUUCUGACAGGUCUUCAUCCCAAGCCCAUGGAAGAGGCAAUCUCCGUCGUGGAGAAUUUUCUUCGCUACGUCCUCCACCACGACGUCUGCCCCGAAUACGAAGAAAGUGUCAAGAAGGCACUUGACAUCUGCCAGAUGGCCAGAGAUGAAUGGACGUCUCUGAACACGUUACAGACUGCGCUUCCAGGAGUCUUUAACCCAGCUGCGACGGAGCUGUUUGUUGAGUUUGAUCCCUACUCGUGGGACUCUUCUCAAUUCAGAGUUCCAGAGGGAUUCGAUGCCAAAUCCGUCUUCUAUUCGUCGGUUGCCAUGCUGGAUGACAACAAGAUGUUUGAGCACCUGGCUGGCAGAGCAGUCGAGCUCGUCAACCAGUACGAAUGCGCUCUGGAGGUCACGGCGGUUCAUCUCCCGCCCGAGGAGGUCAUUCAGCGAUUCAAGAAGCUGGCCAUUACCGCACCUGGAGACAAGACAUUUCGACUCAUGCCCCUAGGCAAGCUCACUCUCAAACCAGCCACCAUCGAAGACGGGUGGGUUCAACGAGGCACGGUGCAUCCCCUGCAGGGCAAGGAAGUUGACCUGUACUUUGAGCAAAACAUACUCAAGAGCCUAAGGCCGGGCAUAAAGAUGGUGCUCGAGAUUGGAGACCUUGGGGCCGACGUUUGCUUUGUCAAGAGUAUCCAAAAGAUUAUGCCUACGUUUUACACGUUUCUGCCCCAGGAGCUGAUGGUGCAGUUCAAGCUUCCUCAGGAAAACGACCGGCCGGCACCAUCGGUGCACAAUCCUACGAUGGAAGACAACCAGGGGGCUGAGGAAUAGUCAGGGAUGAUGUUUAAUCUCGCAAUGGCCUGGGA